GCCUCCCCACCCUCUGACUCACUCCACAGACUCAGAGUCAAGAGCUUUCACAAAGCUGUGGCCAGGACUUAGAAGAUCUCAGCAGUAAGUUUCCUUUUCCUCUUCUGGUUGACUUUAAGUCUGUUUCAGUUGCUAGUUUCCUCUUCCCUUUCACAAAUGUGAGUCCUUAGAAGCAGCAGAGCAGCAGCUGAUGCAUCGCUCCCCCCACUGACCCUUAUAUAAUCCUCUGAGUGUCCACCUACAGUGGACUGAGAUUUCUGAACUGUUCAGCCCACACCCAGCUUGUCACUGCAGCACAGAAACAUCACCAUCAUGAGUGAGGUCAACAGAGAAUCUCUGGAAAAAAUCCUCCCACAGCUGAAGUGCCAUUUCACCUGGAAUUUAUUCAAGGAAGGAAGCAUGUCAAGUCAUAUGGAAGACAGGGUGUGCAACCAGAUCGAAAAUUUAAACUCUGAGUACAAAGCGACAAUGUAUGACUUACUGGCCUAUAUAAAGCACCUAGAUGGAGCAAACGAGGCAGCCCUGGAAUGCUUAGGGAAAGCUGAAGAUUUCCGGAAGUCAGAGCACAAUGAUGAAGCAGAAAUUAGAUGUCUGGUCACCUGGGGGAACUAUGCUUGGAUCUACUAUCACAUGGGCCAUCUCUCAGAAGCUCAGGCCUAUGCUGACAAGGUGAGACAAGUUUGCCAAAAGUUUGCAAAUCCUUACAGCAUGGAAUGCCCAGAACUUGACUGUGAGGAAGGAUGGACACGCCUAAAGUGUGGAAGAAAUGAACGAGCUAAAAUGUGCUUCAAAAAGGCUCUAGAAGAGAAGCCCAAGGAUCCAGAGUGCUCGUCUGGGAUGGCCAUUGCCAUGUACCGCCUAGGAGAAAAACCUGGGAAGCAGUUCUCUCUGGAUGCUCUGAAGAAGGCCAUGGAGCUGAAUUCUCAGAACCAGUAUGUGAGAGUUCUCAUGGCCCUGAAACUGCAGAGGAUGGGGGAAGAAGCUGAAGGGGAGAGAUUGAUUACAGAUGCCCUGGAAAAGGCUCCUAAUCAAACAGAUGUCCUCCAAAUGGCAGCUCAGUUUUACAGGAAAAAGGGUAACUUAGACAGAGGUCUUGAAUACCUUGGAAAAGCACUGAGAUCCACAGAAAACCACAGUCAUCUCUACUGCUUAAUCAUGUCCCGAUACAGAAAAAAACUGGAGCAUCUGCAGAAUACAGGAGAUGCUGACAACAUUGAGAGAAGACAGCGGAUGGAAGAACUGAGAAGAUUAACAGUGGAGUACAUGCAUAAGGCUCUUCAGAGGAGGCAAAGUCCUCUGAACUCCUACUCAGAUCUCAUCGAUUUCCCAGAAGUAGAGUCAUGCUAUCAGAUGGUCUUCAGCAAGGAGAGCCCUUGUGCUGAAGAGCAAGAACUCUAUGAACGCUAUUGCAACCUGCAAGAGUGUCACAGGAAGUCUGAAGACCUUGCAGCCCUGAAGAAUUUGAUGCACUUUGAGUGAAAUGAAAAAAAAAAAAAAAAAAAAAAAACCAUCGAGAAGGAAGAGGUU